AGACAGCCGGGCUAUGAAGCCACCGCAGUAUCUCGACACCCUGUCAGCCGCCGAGGAGGCGUUGCUGGCCGCCUCCAAGAACCAGGUCUUCUCCUCCUUGGUCUUGGACGGCGAUGACCAUCGCCGCUACCACUAUCGCCUCCCUUUCUGGAGGCGGCGCUGUCACUUCUUCCCCUGGCGGGCCACCGUGGCGGUUCUUCUUGCUGUGUUUGUUAUAGUGAUGACCGUGCGGAAUGAUAUCCGCAGCUAUGUCUUCUACCAGUCCAGUCCGGUCGUUUAUGUGCAAACCCGUCUCGUGGUACCCAACGCCACGGGGAGGAAGUUCACAACAAUGGGAGGAAAGCUAUCGGAAGGCAUACGACCUGGUCCAGACCAUGUCUCUGACUGAAAAGGUGAAUAUCACCACCGGGACUGGGUGGCAGAUGGAUCUCUGUGUUGGUAAUACAGGCGCCACGUCUAAAUUCCCAUCGUUAUGUCUUCAAGAUGGGCCGCUGGGGCUGCGGUUCGCAUACAAUAUCACUGCCUUCCCGGCCGGGAUCACCACGGGCGCCACAUGGAACCGAGAGCUGAUGUAUGCCCGCGGGGCUGCGCUGGGCCUGGAAGCCCGGCUCAAGGGCGUCAACGUGCUUCUGGGACCUGCCAUGGGUCCGCUAGGCAUGAUGCCCGCCGGCGGUCGCAACUGGGAGGGGUUUGGUUCGGACCCUGUACUGCAGGGGGUCGCUGCCGCGGAGACCAUCCGUGGUGUCCAGCGUAACGGAGUCAUGGCCACUGCUAAACACUACGUGAUGAACGAGCAGGAACAUUUCCGCCAGCCCUACGAAUGGGGCAUCCCCAACGCUAUGUCCUCCAACAUCGACGACCGUGCCCUGCACGAGGUCUUCCUCUGGCCUUUUGCCGAGAGUGUGCGCGCCGACGUCGCCAGCGUCAUGUGCGCCUACCAGCAGGUCAACAACAGCCAUUCCUGCGAGAACAGCAAGCUGCUCAACGGCAUCCUCAAGGAUGAGCUGGGCUUCCAAGGCUUCGUACAGUCGGACUGGCUCGCACAGCGCUCCGGUGUGAUCAGCGCUCUCGCCGGCCUGGACAUGAGCAUGCCCGGCGACGGCCUGCGCUGGGCCGACGGCGAUUCCCUCUGGGGGAACCAAUUGACCCGUGCUGUGCUCAACACCUCAGUGCCCAUAGAGCGCCUGAACGAUAUGGUCACCCGCAUCGUCGCAGCAUGGUAUCACUUCCGACAGGACGACUGGCCGAAAUCCCCGCCCGACGGCAAGGGGGGGCCCAACUUCUCUUCGUGGACCAACGAAUCCGUCGGUCUGCUGCACCCGGGCUCCGGGGAGAACAUCACGGGCGUGGUCAACCGCUUCGUCGACGCUCGUGGCCACGGCUCGCUCGCCCACAGCCUCGUCGCGCGCCAGGUCGCCGCCGAGGGAACGGUGCUGCUCAAGAACGUGGACAGGCUGCUGCCCCUGUCCCGAACCAUCUCCGGCACCUAUCGUGUUGGAAUCUACGGCGAGGACGCUGGCCCUGGGGACGGGGCCAACCUCUGUCCCGACCGACGCUGCAACCAGGGCACCCUGGGCUCCGGUUGGGGUAGCGGGGCGGCCGAGUUCCCCUACCUGGUGACACCCUGGGAGGCCCUGCAGGCCGCUUGGAACACGUCGAAGACGGUCAAGACCCAGGCAUAUCUGACGAACGAGGUCAAGCCGCGUGACCUGCAAGAUAAAGAUCUGUGCAUCGUGUUUGCCAACGCAGACGCCGGCGAAGGGUCGCAGCCGGGUCUCCAGGGCGUUUCCGGAGACCGGCCGGACCUGUUCCUGCAAAAGGGCGGCGACCAGCUCAUCCAGACGGUCGCCACGCACUGCGGAAAAGGCAACGGCAAGACCAUCGUCGUGCUGCACGCCGUCGGCCCCGUCAUCGUCGAAUCCUGGGCGGAUCUCCCGGGCGUGCAUGCGAUCAUCUUUGCCCACCUGCCAGGCCAGGAAAGCGGACACGCCCUGGCCGACGUGCUCUUCGGCGACGUCGAUGCCAGCGGUCGACUCCCCUUCACCAUCGGACGCAAUCUGUCCGACUAUGGCGCCAACGCGCAAGUCCUCUACACAAACAGCGAAAAGGACCAUGUCCCGCAAGUGAACUUCACCUCCGGGCUGUACAUCGACUACCGCCACUUCGAUAGAAACAACAUCACUCCACGGUACGAGUUCGGCUACGGCCUGUCAUACACGACCUUCACCCUCUCAGAGGCAAGUCUCACCCCGCUCCAACGCAAAUCCGCGCUCCCCGCCCGCCGGCGCAAGAACGCCGUCACUCCCCCCACAUACCGAGACGACGACCACGGAGGCGACGCUCACAACUCCCUCUUCCCCGCCGACUUCACCCCGCUCCAUAAUUACAUCUAUCCGUACCUAUCUGACACGAAUGGGACGGACAAGGUCCCCCACCCGUUCCCCUAUCCAGACGGAUACCCCGCGAACCCAAAGAAGAAGCAUCACCUCUCCCCUGCCGGCGGCGGACCGGGCGGUAACCCAUCGCUCUACGAAGCCGUAGCCCAGGUCUCGGUGAAAAUCAAGAACACGGGCUCCAGACCGGGCAAGGAAGUGGUCCAGGUAUACGUCUCCUACCCUUCAGAUAAUGAAGAUGAAACCGAUCAUCAAAAACAUCAUCCCUUUACCGAACGACACGGCCUAUGGCGCUACCAAGUCGACUUUCCAGACCGGGUGCUCCGCAACUUCACCAAAGUAGAGCUCGCCCCGGGCCAAGAGACCACCGUUCAGAUGACCCUCUCCCGCAAGGAUCUCAGCUACUGGAGCGUCUGGCGCCAGAACUGGGUGAUGCCUGUGCAGGGCAAGUUCCGGAUCUGGGUCGGCAAGAGCUCGAGGGAUCUGCCGCUUGUAUUGGAGUACUAGAUUAUAUCAUAGCUAAUUAUAUCGAAAUGUUUUGCUCUACAACUUUGCUCCUAUAAUUUUCACUAUAUGCAUCUAUCUACCUAGGUAUCAGUUCACUGGCUCAUCCCCCCGAUCAGGCUGCU